UAAUGCGGAUGGUUUCAAAACAAACCGUUGCGAUCGUUUUGCGAAGCUGCGCGAGCACCAUUUGAGAAAUUAAUUGCCGGUGAAAUUUCGUGCGAGGAAAUAUUAAACUUCUCCUGGGUUUUACAUAGCAUACACCUUGACAUAAACAUAAUCGUAUUUGUUUUAAUUACGCAUUUCUUGUAGGCCUAUAUAUAUAUAUAUAUAUAUAUAUAAAUGCGUAAUUUAAUGGUUUGGACAAUUACUGACACUUUGUAAAAAGCUAUAUACAUUUGUUGCAUUCUUUAAAAAUUGCAAUAUAAAAACGGCAUAAAUGGGCUAUUACGCAGCUUCCCUAAACCGCUUAUUGGGCUAUGAUUAAUUUAGUUUUUGUCGAUGCAUUUGACGUUCGAGGCUCGGAAAAGUAAUCGCGUGCUUGUGUAACCUGCACAAUAUUUGUGAAUGAAAGAGGGACAGAUCUAAAUGUAAGUGAGUGAGUGGGCGCACAUUAAUAGCGACCUCCGCCUCGACGUGACCGAAUCACAGUCUCAUUCAAAAAAUCCGCAGAGUGGAGAGAGUGUCAAAGCGGAAGAAAUAUGAAUAGAAGACUCUAAACAACGGCAACAACAUCAGCAUCAUCUGGGACCGUCGUGCCACAUGCGGGCAUCACAGCGCUCCUGAAUGUCAAACCCUGCAGCGGGGAGAAACAUUUAUCCACUUCCACCCAAAAGGUCAUAUUUUCUCCCGUGGUGUCUGUGUGGAGCGUACCACACACCCACUCCACAACAACGACGGCUUUUGCUUGUAUCUUCCAGUGUUUCUUCUGUCAGCAAGUUCAGCAGAGCUGCAACUCAUCCAGCGCCAGCCCAGAGGAACCCAGUGAGGAGCACCACAACUGUGAGAUGGUAAAAAUGACUAAGUCAAAGACCUUCCAGGCUUACCUUCCCAACUGUCACCGAACCUACAGCUGCAUCCAUUGUCGGGCACACCUCGCCAAUCACGAUGAGCUCAUCUCAAAGUCAUUCCAAGGCAGUCAGGGACGAGCCUACCUCUUUAAUUCAGUUGUGAAUGUCGGUUGUGGUCCAGCAGAGGAGAGGGUUCUUCUAACAGGUUUACAUGCGGUGGCGGACAUCUACUGUGAAAAUUGUAAAACCACUCUGGGCUGGAAAUACGAGCAUGCAUUUGAGAGCAGUCAGAAAUAUAAAGAAGGCAAGUUUAUCAUCGAGCUGGCUCAUAUGAUCAAGGAUAAUGGCUGGGAGUGACUUUAACCUACUUCCUCUGUGCUCAGUGACCUUCAGGCUGCUCUGUCGUGGACUUUGCCGAGUGACACCACACUUGUACACGCACACAAACAAAAAAUGCACAGGCACGCACACACAUCGCCAUCUACCUUGACACAACCAGACAUCUCUACCGGCUCAUCGCAAAAACUCAAAGGCAGAGUUGAUGGAACGCAAACAAAGACUUCUACGGUCACUGAAAGACCCUAUGGGACCUUUUCCGGGAUGUACAUUUCAACACUUUGGGAUUUAAACCUACUCCAUACUGGUUUCGGUGUGCUCGGCCUUUGUGUAAUCGCUCAUGUAAGCUGUCAACAGUAUCCAGAAGACACGGUCUCACUUUUUAUUUUCUCUUCUUAAAUUUUGCUCUCUUUGUGAAUAAGCAGGAGAUGGUGACGUGUGUGUUUUAGUGUGGAUACGUUUUGGCGGGAAUGUCAAAUCCUUGGUGGGACUGAUGUUACUGGUUAGCAUUUUUCUCCUUCUCCGAAUCAGAUGUUUCGAUUGUGUUCUUUUGAUUUCAUGUUGGGAUAGCAUCAGACACGAUUGACCUGACAUGUUAUAAGAGUCAGGGUUUGUUAAGGGUUAGGGUAUGUAGCAGUAUAUCCGGGGAGGGUUUUAGGCAGGGAUGCAGCAUUGCAGUGUCAUGGCAUUUUGUAUUUAUGACGAUCCCUGUGUUUUAUCUUAUUUUAUUUCCGAUUGAAAUGUUUUUUUCUUCCUCGGAUGAUUUCACUGUGCAACUCGGGACACUCUGGUACAACAGUGGCGUCUAAACCCCUACAUGAGCUUUAGUUUGUCGUUUGGUGCUUUUUUAUGAGAUUACUCAAACAUACGUCUGUUGGCAUUUGUGGCAGGUUCCAUUUUUGCAACUGUACUACAUGCGAAAGGUUUUGCUGUUUGGAUGCACUGGACAUUUUGGUGAAAACUGCAAAACCAGUGUCCUCUGGGCAUUGUUUGUGUUAAGUUUUCAUAACCCCCAAGUUCACGCCAAAUAACGAUGACAAGAUUUUACUAAACUAUUGUUGAUGUUAUUAUUACAAUCUUGUGUAUGUUCAUCGAUAUGUGUAAUUUAUGUGUUAAACCACAUGUUUGAACAUGCACAUGCAUGUUAGCUCUGUGUUUUUACAAAUUAUGUUUAAGGCAUACUUGAAUGCAGUUAUUUUGUUUGCACUUUGCAGAGGCCUUGUUCAUGGGUUUAGAGGCAAAAGUCUGUCCAUUGUAUGGCCUUUUUCCAUUGAUAAUGUAAUGAUUGUAUUAGAUGCUUUGAAUGAAUUUGCAGGGUUGGGUGAUUGCUGGCUUGAUCGUCUCCCUCUAAUUAAAAAAAGAAAUCUGCUGCUUUUGCUUUCUAUCACAGACUUUUAGGCAAACCUGUUCCUUAACACACUAGUAAAUUUGUCCGAUUUGCUUUGCGCAUCGAAUUGAAUAAAAAAAUCGCCUUUCAAAGAGGAAUCAAAAUACCGUUACAUGAUUCUUUUGCUGCUAAUAGAGUAAAUGCAAUCCCGAGCAUUCACUUUAAAUUUCUUCUGCACUUUACCGGACCGUCUGAGAGCAGCAUUCUUUUUUUUUGUGUAGCUUUUAUCUCCACCUCUUUGCCUCUAACCAGCAUGAAUCUUGUGCCUCUUCAAAUGAAAAAAGAAAUCCACCAUCUCCUAUGUUGUGCGGUGCAUGACUCAGAGAAUACCCAGUACAUCUACUGGAGCUUCAGAAUGAUCUAGAAUAAAACAGGAGCUUAAGAGAACAUGGAAAGGAACCUCACAGAAUCUAUCCUGUCGAAAUUCUAUACAGAAAUGUAUCCAGUAUUUUUCAUAGUUAAAGAUGUUAUGGAACAGUGGUUGUUUUCUGCAAAGUAUAAAAAAAGGGGGCGGGGCUUGCUUCCUUUAGAGGUAAAAGAGGGGCAUAUAUAUAUAUAUAUAUAUAUAUAAUAUGAAGUUUUUGUCGUGUUUAAAGGCGGGUGGGAUGGUGGGCAAUAAUAGAUUGAGUGGCGAACCCUCAGUUAGCGUUCAUCACCAAUGACAAGGUCAGUCCGGUCACAUGACCUUUUGAAUUUGUCAAAUACAAUGCAAACGUUAUAGUUGAGAUAUCUUACUUGAAAGAAGAUACAGAGUUACAGACAAUACAUUGUCCCUGUCACACAGUUUUGUAAAUAAAGUAACAUAUUUAAUGUUUUAUACAUAUUUCUACUGGGUUAGUUUCUCUACUCCCUGACUUGAAGCACUUUUGUUCACCGUACCUCUGGCUUUAUAUAUAUAUAUAUGUUUGUGUGUGUGAAUGUGUUAAUGAGAUGAAUGUGUGUAUGUGGAUGCAUGUUCUCACUUAUUUCCCCUUUGUUUAUUUGUAGCUGGUUUUGCCGUUGUUCCUCUGUGUUAGUUUCCUUUCGACACUUUUUUUUAGCUGUCUCGCACAGCUUUUUUGAUGUGUGCUAUCUUAGCUUUGUAUUUUAUUUUUUUUAAGUUGAUUUUCCAUUCUUUUAUAGUUUCUUGUUAAAAGCUUCAUAACAGAACGUCUGCUGGUCAUGUUUUAGUUUCAUGGUCAGUGGUGAGCUGGAUUCACCUGCCGAAAUUUCACAAUAUAAGCAUCGACCCAGACCAUUUUACAAAAACAAGCUAUCCAUAAGUCUUUCAGAACAAGACCGAGGCCAGUGGUGCAACAAAAAAUGUCAUUGCUCAACUGAAAUCAAUUGCUGCGAGCUUUGUCUUUAACGUACAGUAAUCACUUGGUCCAACCAAAAAAGCUAAUUUGUGGAUUCUCUGACAACCAAGUACUUUUGAUUUAUUUUGUGUUUUGAUCAUCGGCAAUACGUGUUUCUUUUUGAUAUUGGCUGUUGACAGAUUGUUUACUUCCCUUUUUUGCUUUUUCUUUUGGUGACUGGAUUCAAGCCUUUGUAGAGCUGUUUAUCUACAAAAUUUGUCAUUUAAAAGACAUCUAGUUUUAAGGCAACAAUGGUAUGCAAAGGCAAAGAUUGUAAGUUUGCAGUUAUUUUCUUAAAACUGUUAAAUCUAAGGUCUAAAGCAUGUUGUAUUUAUAAUGGUCAUGCCCGUUUUCCUUGUUUUUUUUAUUUAAUUUUUUUUCUAUACUUGAUUACAUUGCUUUGCAUUCUGUCCUAAAGUCACAUUUCUCUGUUUUCACUGUAUUGUAAACUAUCAAAUAUUACAAUAAAGCUU